AUGAGCAGCUGCGGCUCUCUCGAUUACUGGAGAAAUGUAUUUAACAGCACGGAGAGAUCUAUCUUUGAGAUCAUCGAGAUGUCGAUCGCGGUGGCAGCUGCCGACUGUCCGGACGAGCUCGUCCGCCGGAGGGACGGGAUCGUGAAGUCGCUCUACAGCUUCCCGUCUGUCGCCGCCGGCAGACCGGAGGAGGAGGCAGAGCAGCAGCAGCAGCAGCCGGCAGUCAGCUUCUGCUGCUCGUCCGGCGGCAGCCAGAAAAGCUCCUCGGAAGAAGAGGCCGACGACGAGCUGCAGGAUGCGAUCGACGACGCCUUCGCACUGCUCGACGAAGUCCUGCGGCUCAAGAAGAUCCUCGACAACAAGAACGAAGAGAACGAGAGUUCUUUGUUCGAAUCGCUGCGGCGCCUGCAGUUGAUGGAGCUAACUGUCUCCACCCUCACGGCGACUGAGAUCGAAAACAGCGUGCGCGGUGUGGAAGGCCACGGUUCGUUGCGUGUCCGGCAACUCGCCCGCGCCCUGCUCGACGGCUGGGCGGAAUUCGGGAGUGAUUCGUCGAAUGUUACGGAAGCCGUCGCAGAUGCUCCGGACACGGCAGCGAACCCGUCGGAUGAUCCAUGGGUCAACUUUCCACCUCUGGACGAGGGAGCGUUGCGUGCGAUAAAUGGCCCUCCGAUCGAUCUCGACGAACUGUUCAGUGAAAAUCCUCGAAAGAUUCGCAAAUUCAAGAGAGACGGCGUCGAGAGAGCUGACGACAGAUCAGAAACACCGAGUAGAUCCGCAGGGCCUCAUAAUACGCUGACCGAGAGAGGCAGGACUAUCAAUGCAAGUUCGAAAACGUCAGGAAAGGACUUGAAAAGAUAUUUGAAAAGAUGUGCUGAGACGAUGGAGAAAGACGACUGCGAGCUCGCCAAUGAGCCGUCCGCCGUCGCGAAGAUGACUUGGCAGCAGUGCCCUACCGAUGAUUUGCUCGUCGAGGCGAAGCUCGAGGCCUCACGGAUGCGGAUCCGUGAAGGGUAUAAUCAGGCAAAAGAUGAGAAGAAGCGGCGGAGAAUUCAGCUUCUCGAUCUGCACGACAUUCCGAAGCCUGUCAGCAGCAUGAAGGCUUGUAAGUCGAUGGCUCGUCGAGACCGCCGCGGUUUUACCAAUCGGUGGAGGAGAUGA